AGAACGCAGAUUGAUUAAACGCGGUUUUAUAAUACUAAUCGAUGAUUAGUUGUACAACUGAAGGCCUCUUAAAACCGAAAUCUUCAAGCUUACAAUCUACACAGCAUUUGGGUUCUCUCCAAAAUUACGAAUAAUAAGAAGAAGAAGAUCAACAAUCACAUGCUGUUUGAUUUCAUCUUCAAUUGGAGAUAACAUGAAGGCAUGGGAGGCGAUAACGGGAUCGAGGUCCAACUCAGGAGGGCGAGAGCGAGGUUCCGUUGUUCGUCCUUUAGUCGACCGUCACCCUUCUCGAACGAUUACCCUGGGUCGUGUUCAGCCUCAGGCGCCUGGCCACCGAACCAUCUACUGUAAUGAUCGGGAAGCCAAUGCCAUUGUCAGAUUCAAGGGGAAUUCUAUAUCAACUACCAAGUACAAUAUACUAACAUUUUUACCCAAGGGCUUGUUUGAGCAGUUCAGGCGGGUGGCUAACCUCUACUUUCUUACGAUCUCCAUAUUGUCCUUCACACCAGUCAGUCCCGUGUCUCCAAUAACUAAUAUUGUGCCACUUAGUAUGGUACUUUUUGCCUCCCUUCUUAAGGAGGCUUGGGAAGACUGGAAACGUUUACAAAAUGACAAGAUUAUAAAUAACACUUCUGUAGAGGUGUUGAAUGGCCGAAAAUGGCAGAAUACUGCUUGGAAAAAUCUUCAGGUUGGAGACAUUGUGAAAACUAAGGCGGAUGGCUUCUUUCCUGCAGACCUGCUUUUCCUUGCUAGUACCAAUGCUGAUGGUGUAUGCUAUAUAGAGACUGCAAAUUUGGAUGGUGAAACAAAUUUAAAAAUUAGAAAGGCUUUGGAGAAGACUUGGGAUUUUGUAACUCCUGAGAAAGCCUCUGAAUUCAAAGGUGAAAUACAAUGUGAACAACCAAACAACUCACUGUACACUUUUACUGGCAAUCUGAUAGUCGACAAGCAAACUUUACCACUUUCUCCGAACCAAAUUCUACUACGAGGAUGCAGCCUCAGGAAUACUGAAUACAUUGUUGGUGCUGUUGUUUUUACUGGACAUGAAACAAAGGUUAUGAUGAAUUCCAUGAAUGUUCCUUCCAAAAGAAGUACAAUGGAGAGAAAACUUGACAAACUUAUACUGGCCCUAUUCUGUGUUUUGUUCAGCAUGUGCCUUGUUGGAGCUAUAGGCAGUGGUAUAUUUCUGGACGAGAAGUUCUACUAUUUUGGGCUUUGGGAUCCAGAUAUACGUCCAGAAUUUGACCCUAACAAUAGAUUGGUGGUUGCUUUGCUGAAUAUUCUUACCCUUAUCACAUUGUACUCACCUAUCAUCCCAAUUUCCCUUUAUGUCUCAAUUGAGGGAAUAAAAUUCUUUCAGUCCACUAAAUACAUAAAUAAUGAUCUGCAUAUGUAUCAUGUUGACUCAAACACCCCUGCAUUGGCACGGACAUCCAACUUGAAUGAGGAACUUGGUCAAGUGGAAUAUAUUUUCUCUGAUAAAACUGGAACAUUAACAAGAAAUUUGAUGGAGUUCUUUAAGUGUUCAAUUGCUGGUGAGGUGUAUGGAACUGGUAUGACUGAAAUUGAGAUGGGUGUAGCUCAGCGCAGUGGUUUCAAACUUAAGCAGGGUAAUAAAUCAACAACUGCAAAACGUGAGAAGGGUUUCAACUUUGAUGAUGAUAGACUUAUGCGGGGUUCUUGGAGGAAUGAGCCUAAUCCUGAUAUGUGCAAGGAAUUUUUUAGAUGCCUCGCCAUAUGUCAUACUGUGCUGCCUGAAGGUGAGGAAUCACCUGAAAAAAUUCAUUAUCAAGCUGCUUCUCCUGAUGAAGCUGCCUUGGUUGCUGCUGCAAAGAACUUCGGUUUCUUCUUUUACAGGCGUACCCCUACUCUAAUCUAUGUUCGUGAAUCACAUGUUGAUAAGAUGGGAAAUGUUGAGGAUGUUCCCUAUGAGAUUCUAAAUGUACUUGAGUUCAACAGCACAAGGAAAAGGCAAUCUGUUGUUUGUCGUUACCGAGAUGGAAGACUUGUGCUUUACUGCAAGGGAGCUGAUACAGUAAUCUAUGAAAGGUUAGCAGCUGGAAACAAUGAAAUCAAGAAAACAUCAUUUCUGCAUUUGGGGCAAUUUGGAGCUGCUGGACUGCGUACACUUUGUCUGGCCUAUAGAGACCUGAGUUCUGAUAUGUAUGAAAGUUGGAACGAGAAAUUUAUUCAUGCUAAAUCUUCUCUUCGUGACCGUGAGAGGAAAUUGGAUGAGGUUUCAGAACUGAUAGAGAAAGAUCUCAUUUUGAUUGGAUGCACCGCUAUAGAAGACAAGCUUCAAGAAGGAGUACCCUCAUGUAUAGAGACUCUUGCAAUGGCUGGAAUCAAGAUUUGGGUGCUGACAGGAGACAAACUGGAAACUGCAAUAAACAUAGCUUAUGCAUGCAGAUUGAUCGACAAUAAUAUGAAACAGUUUGUCAUUAGUUCAGAAACUGAUGAUAUAACAGAAGUUGAAAGCAGAGGCGACCAAGUGGAGAUUGCACGCCAUAUGAAAGAUACUGUGAAACAACAGCUAUUGGACUCGUACAAUGAAGCAAUGCAUUCUCUUCAAACUUCUCCAGAAGUAAAAUUAGCGUUUGUAAUAGAUGGAAAGUGUUUGAUGUAUGCUUUGGACCCUACUUUACGAGUAACUCUACUCAACUUGAGCUUGAACUGUAAUUCAGUUGUCUGCUGCCGAGUGUCUCCUCUGCAGAAAGCACAGGUAACUAGUCUAAUCAAGAAAGGUGCACGGAAAAUAACACUUAGCAUCGGUGAUGGUGCCAAUGAUGUUAGUAUGAUUCAAGCUGCUCAUGUUGGUGUCGGAAUAAGCGGUCAAGAAGGAAUGCAAGCAGUGAUGGCUAGCGAUUUUGCAAUUGCUCAGUUCCGUUUUCUGACAGAUUUGUUGCUUGUCCACGGACGAUGGUCGUAUAUUAGAAUAUGCAAGGUGGUUACAUAUUUCUUCUACAAGAAUCUGACUUUGACACUGAUCCAAUUUUGGUUCACCUUCCAAACUGGGUAUUCUGGUCAGAGAUUUUAUGAUGAUUGGUCCCAGUCUUUAUUCAAUGUGAUCUUUACAUCAGUUCCAGUUCUAGUCCUCGGACUUUUCGACAAGGAUGUGAGUGCAUGUAUUUCCAAGAGGUACCCUCAAUUGUACAAGGAAGGAAUAAGGAACACCUUCUUCAAAUGGAGAGUCGUGAUGGGGAUGACUCUGUUUUCAAUAUACCAGUCGUUGGUGAUAUUUAAAUUUGUAUCGAUAUCGAGUUCGACCAGUGUGGAUUCAAAUGGAAAGAUGUUUGGGUUGUGGGAUGUGAGUACAUUGGCCUUCAAUUGUUUGCUUGUGACAGUCAACCUACGGCUUCUUCUGAUGUGUAAUACGAUCACAAAGUGGCAUCACAUUAGUGUUGGAGGAAGCCUCCUUGCUUGGUAUACAUUUAUCUUUAUAUACUCUGCAUUGUAUGUCGACAAGGGUAUUUACUCAGUAAUGUUUGUCUUGAUGAGCACUGGAUACUUCUACGUAACCCUUGUUCUGGUUCCUGUUGCUGCUCUGCUCUCAGACUUCAUUUAUCUAGCGGUUCAAAGAUGGUUCUUCCCUUACGAUUACCAGAUAGUUCAGGAAAUGCACGUUGACGAGCCGGAGAGUAGUGGAGUGGGGCUGGUGGAGAUCGGAAACCAGCUAUCGCCGGAAGAUGCUCGGAAGUUCGCGAUGGCACAGCUUCCACGAGAAGGGUCUAAACAUACGGGUUUUGCGUUUGAUUCGCCGGGAUACGAAUCCUUCUUCGCAUCGCAAGCUGGAGUCUUUGCACCUCUCAAAGCAUGGGAUGUUGCUAGGAGAGCCAGCAUGAAAGGAAAGAGAAAGAAAUGAUGAAAUUCACUUCUUUUUUUAAUACAUCUAAUUUUACUUGAAUAUAUAUAUAUAUAUAUAGUUCAUUCUUUUAGACUA